AUGGAGUCUUCAAAGACAGAGCGCUCGCGUUCGCGCUCCCCUCGAAGAUCCCCCGGCCCGCGCAAGCCCAAAAACUUCAGCGGCCUCAAAUACAAAGGCGACCGCGACCGCCGCGACCCAGACAGACGACGCGACGACCGAGAUCGAGAAAGGCGACCAAGAGACUCAGAACGCGAUCGAGACCGCAGACGCGAUGGCUCCAGAGAACGCGACCGCCGCCCCCGGGACCAUUCGCGCGACCGCAGACGAGACACCAGCCGUGACCGUCGCCGGCGUCGCUCCCACUCUCGCGACCGCAAACCACGAGAUAGCGAACGAGACCGCGACGGCAAGCCCAAAGAGAAGAAACCCACAGCCGCUGCCCCAGCCACGCCCUCUGAACACAUGAUUCUCGUCACUAUCAAUGACCGUCUCGGAACAAAGACACAAGUGCCGUGCCUGCCCAGCGACCCUAUCAAGCUGUUGAAAGCCAUGGUGGCAGCGAAGAUUGGGAGACCGGUACAUGAGAUUAUGCUCAAGAGGCAGGGAGAGAGGCCGUUCCAUGAUAAUUUGACGUGUGAGGAUUAUGCUAUUAGCAAUGGCGUGCAAAUCGAUUUGGAGUUGAAUACGGGGGAUUAGAUGGGGAGUGGGGGACGGGGGACAUGGAGACAUUGGGGUUGGAUGGGUGGAGGAAGAGAGGGAAGAGGAUUGAAGGCUGGACGUACGAGGGCCAAUGAUUGGAAAAUGCAGUAACAGAUCAUGAUACCCAAUAAAGUUUCUC